AGAGCAAACAAGAAAAACGUACUUCUGUAAUUUACUUUUGUUGUUUUAGAAAUCAAGAAAAUUAGCAUGGGUAAUAGCUUGGGAAGGAAGACGACCAAGGUGAUGAAGAUAAACGGGGAAACGUUUAAGCUAAAAACGCCGGUGAGAGCGGAGGAGGUAGUGAAGGACUAUCCAGCAGGGUAUGUUCUGUUGGAGUCGGAGGCGGUUAAGCAUUUCGGCAUUCGAGCUAAGCCGUUGCAGCCACACCAGAAGUUGGAGCCGAAGAGGCUUUACUUCUUGGUGGAGUUACCGGAGGCUCCGAAGGAGAUAGUUCCGAGGAGGGUUCGGUCGGGGAUAAACAUGAGCGCUAAAGACAGGUUGGAGAGUCUGAUGUUGGCUAGGAGGUCGGUGUCGGAUCUGUCAAAUUUGAAGCCGGUGAGUGUAGCAUCCGGGGAGAUAUCUGUGGAGGGGGCAAUGAGGGUGAAGGUGAGGUUACCAAAGGCAGAGGUGGAGAGGCUGGUGAAAAAGAGCAGAAACGAGGCGGAGGCGGCGGAGAAAGUUGUGGAUCUUUACAUGGCAAACCACGGCAGUGGCGACGCACCCCAUCAAGUUCCGCAUUGGAAUGGUGGUCAUGGAAGAACUCGUGGAGGUCUAAAGGGCAGCACGAAGCGAGUGAGUUUCCUGCCAGUCAGUGAAGGGGGGAGCCAAAUAGCAGUUGCUUCUUAACUACCAUAUAUAAAUAAAUCAGAGAAGAUGAGCCAUGAUCAAGACGAUUUUGCAGUUUUCUUUGUACUUCAGCCUGUAUUGGUCCUGCAUUUCAUUCUUAUUUCUGUGUACAUAGAUAUAGAGGAAGAGCAACUUAAGCUUUGAAACAUUGAGAAUUAUGAAAGAGCUGAGAGAGAGAGAUAAUGUAAUCUUAUCAUGGUAACCUUCUGUAGAAAUUUAUAUAGUUUCAGUAACAUCGAUGUGUAGGUAGUAGAUAUCAUUUUCGAGCUACCAAGUAGAGUUCUUGUACAAGUGUUGAAAAAAAAUUUAUUUAUCCAAUUCAUUUGUGCUUUGAUCCAAGUGUUGCAAAACUACUUAUCUUGCCUAUAUAAGACGGAAUCCAUUUACUUGUCUACAUUUAGUAUUUUUAACAAAGCGAGAGCUAACUC